AUGUCAGGAGCCAGCAGUGACCAGCUGCACAGAUCCACCUUAUCUGUCUAUUCUAACCUGAUGGAACAUUUCAACCCAGGCCUUCAAAAGCUUGUUGCCUUAGGGAACAGUUAUGUGAAAGCUUUCCAAGCACUAGCUGUUUGUAGUGAAGCUUACUUCAGUGCUGUCGCCAAGAUGGGCGACCAGGCUAUUCACACGCUAUCUUCUCGCUCUCUUGGGGAUGUCCUGAUCCAGAUAUCUGAGACACAACGUAGACUCACUGCUGAAAUGGAAGGAGUGUUCCGAUGGUUCCAGGUUGAGGUGUUGCAAGCCAUGGAGAAGAACGUCAAGUUGGAUGAGGAGUACAUCGACGGUAGCCGGCGAGUGUACGAAAUGGAGGUGAGGAACCAGGCAGAAGCUUUGGAAAAGCAGCUAAGACGGGGAGCCUUCAGAGAUUCUCUGGAGAGUAGCGACUACAUGCAGUACUUGAAACAAAGCCAGCAGGAGAUCCUAAAGGAAGAGGAGAGACGAUAUCGUUUCCUGGCGGAGAAACACUGCGGUCUGACCCAGUCGCUUCUCUUCCUGGUUAACAAGACGGGCAUGUCUCUCCAGCAAAAGGCAGAGGGAUGGAAGGAGAAAGUCAAUGAGACCAGAAGUUCUGGAUCUCGAACUCCCACGAAUUUAGACCAAGAAGCACAGCUGCGAGGCUCCGUCAGCUCCCUACUGCAGACGGUAGCCAGAGACGAUGACAUGUCGUGGGCCAGACGGGAGCAACAGGCGCUGGGCAAGGUGCCCUCGCGAGCCCCAUCACCUCUGCCCAGCCGCUCUCGCUCCAGCUCGGUGGGAGAAUCGCUUGGUCUGAGCGGAGGCCGUCCCAUGAAGGCCUUGGUUUCUCAUCCUACUUCCUCCAACCCGAAGCUGCUGCCAUUUAACAGGGGGGAGACGGUCAUCGUGUUGGUGCAGGAACCACGAAACGGCUGGUUGUACGGUCGCACCGACAGUGGGUUAAGGCAGGGCUGGUUCCCCGCUGCUUAUGUGGGCCCAACUGAAGACUUUGACAGUGGCGAUUCUGUCCGAAGUAGCAGUAUGAACAACCUGCUAGACCCUGGCGGGACUCAAAACGACCAAUCGGAGAGCAGGAACUACGGCGACGUCCCUCCACCGGCCACGCCUAACCGCAGAGCGUCUGUAGACUUCCGGCCCAGCUCUCCGCUCCCUGAGAAGAAGGCGGAACUCCUUCAGACAAAGACCCUACCUGAGGUACCGCCUCCUCCUCCGCCACCUCCUCCUAAAAGCCUGAAUCUCCAACGCGGCUCAGUGGAUAUGCGACCAGUUUCACCCGUUCCUGACACGCAGACUUUAUCACCCAACGGGCCACCAGAGAACCGCCUUUUUCCAAGAGGCACAAACCCAUUCGCCACCGUGAAGCUCCGCCCCACCAAGACAGAUGACAGAUCCGCCCCGCGCAUUCUAUGA